CACAUGGGGGUACUUCUUAUCAGCUUUAGUGCUUGUCUGAGCGCCGCAAGCCAGGGAAGAGAGAGAGAGAGACGUAGUGGAGAUAGUGGAGGAGAGCAAUGGAGAUGGGGGAUAUUCUUGCUGCUUUGAUCCCUUCUUGGAGCUCGGUAGUGAUCCUUUUCUCUUACCUCGGCUACUUGGCGAUUGCUGGGUCUGUGCUUCCGGGCAGGGUCAUCCCUGGAGCCAUUCUCUCUGAUGGCACACGCCUCCACUACCGGUGUAACGGUUUGCUAUCACUUAUUCUGCUUGUGGUUCUUUUGGGGAUUGGAGUUAACACGAAAAUGAUCUCUCCCAUGGUGGUUGCUGACAAAGGAAUUGAACUCCUGUCGGCAACUUUUAUUUUCAGCCUCAUUGUUUCUUUGGCACUUUAUGCUGUUGGUGGCAAGUCUCGUGAACAGAGUUCAUCAUUAAAAGCCCAUGUUACUGGGAACUUUAUACAUGACUGGUGGUUUGGAGUGCAGCUGAAUCCCCAUUUUAUGGGAGUUGAUCUCAAAUUUUUUUUUGUCAGAGCUGGAAUGAUGGGAUGGUUGUUCAUCAACCUCUCUAUCUUCAUGAAAAGCAUUCAGGCUGGCAAUGGGAACCUCUCAGUCAUCCUUUAUCAACUCUUUGUUGCACUCUAUAUUUUGGACUAUUUUUUUUAUGAAGAGUUCAUGACCUCCACAUGGGACAUCAUUGCUGAGAGAUUGGGCUACAUGUUGGUCUUUGGGGAUCUAGUUUUCAUUCCUUUCACUUUUAGUAUUCAGGGUUGGUGGCUUCUGAAGAAUAAAGUCGUUCUAUCAAAAGUAGCCGUCAUUGCCAACUGCCUAGUUUUCCUUGUCGGUUAUUGUGUAUUUAGAGGAGCUAAUAAGCAGAAGCAUGUAUUCAAGAAGAACCCUAAAGCUCACAUAUGGGGCAAGCCCCCAAAACUUGUUGGGGGAAAGUUGCUUGUUUCUGGCUACUGGGGAGUUUCAAGGCACUGUAAUUAUCUCGGAGACUUGCUGCUUGCUCUUUCUUUCAGUUUACCUUGCGGCACCAGUUCUCCGAUCCCGUACUUUUAUCCUAUAUAUCUUCUUAUACUUCUGGUUUGGAGGGAGAGAAGGGAUGAAGAAAGAUGUGCGCAGAAAUAUAAAGAAAUAUGGGUUGAAUACUGCAAACUGGUGCCCUGGAGGAUAAUACCUUAUGUCUAUUAGAAUCUUCUCUUGGCUUGGCUUGACUUGUUACUGGCUGGUUGGCUGAGAUCUAAAUAAAUCAAAUUGAUGUUAUGGUGUGAAUGAUAUGAUACACUGAAUGGGAACCCCAGAGCUGUGCAAGUCCCAUGCAUUCAUCAGUAUCUGCAACUCUGCUUGAGGAUGUGAUGAUUGUUAUGAAUGAAAUGAAGAUAAUUUUGCAUGCCAAAGAAAUUUGUGUUGAAA